UGUAUAAAGGUUGUAGAGCAUAGUAUCGAUAGCAUACAACGAAUAGAGCCUUAGAGUAUUGUAGUAGUGAUUCUAAUUUGAUAUAUUCUAAAAUGGAAACAAAAUUCUUAACUGUGAACAGAGGACUUGGUGUCGAACGUGCAUCUUCAUUCAGCAUGGAGAAACCAAGCAUUUUGCAAGUACCCAUUGAAGCCAGAAGAAGAAACAGUGUUCCGAAUUCUACUUUUAUGACAGAAAUUUCAGACUCUCCAAUGGAACGUGUAAGGUCUUUCAGCAUUACUCCUAAAGGACUGCGAAACCGCGGAGACAAAAUCAGAAGAAAAAGUACUCUGAGUAUUGAGACGAAUUCCAGUUAUCAGAGCAAUACCAGCCUACAGGAGAGCGAAUCGAGACAUACAGGGUGCAAUAACUCUAAUGACAGUCUCCAUCCCGUGGAGACCGAGCGCUACAUGGUGGCGGUCAUUGGAUCUGGUGGUGUAGGAAUGAAAACGUUAAAAAGUCAGUUCACCACCUCGGAAGAACUGUGCAUUAAUAAUUGUGAUGCUAUGGAACCGAAUGAAGAAGAGGUGUGCGUUAGUUUGGACGGAGAAGAAUGUUUUUUGUCAUUUGUGACGGAGGAAGAUUUCAUGAUUCAAGGAUCACGAGCUGCUGUUGACACAGUUGUAGUGGUCUUCUCGGUCAUUGACGCCCAGUCCUACAAAAACGCCUCUAGAAAACUGCAAUUUAUUCGCCAGGAUCUUCAUUUUGACAUACCCGUUUUCUUGGUGGCCAACAAAGUUGAUUUAGCAAGAACACGAGUCGUAUCAGAAAAAGAGGCAAGAAAACUUGCAGAUAAAUACAAAUGCAAAUACGUUGAGACAUCAGUGGUUCUAAAUCACAACAUUGAUGAACUCCUCGUCGGCAUCGUUCGUCAGGUGCGAUACCAACAAGGGGGGUUCUUGGUCUCCAACUCAACCGAAAGCAUACCAAAGAAUCGAAACAAAGUGGCUCGAUUUACCAACAUUCUUAUUGAUAAAAUCAUGAACAUUGGACAUAAGGAAAUUCCUUGCACGAACCUCUUCGAUGUUUGAGCUUCGUUAAAACAAAUAAGUUUUUGUGGACUGCCAAAGUCUAUCAAUUUGAUACAGCUCAAGAAUUUUUCAAGAUGGAGGCCAAUUCCUUUUACGGUUGCGUAUGAUUUGAUGCCGUGAGGACAGGUUAAUUGAAUCCUCUCAAAUCAGAAAUCGAGCCAAAAGUCAAUGGUGCUAUUGACCAGUACUGUGCCUACAUGUUGAUGGGUAUGUCAAGGAACCCUUGCCGAUUAACUUAAAGACUUCUGUGAUAUAUCAUAAUGUACUAUAUUUUCAUACACAUUAUUCAUUUUUUAUAAAUAAAUGAAAAAAUCUACUUGA